AUGCCAUACAGUUUGAACGUGUGCCCCAUCAGAGCAGCACCGGCGCUAUACAACACUAGAAAAAAACUAAACGGGUAGCUGAAAAUUAUAAUCACAGGACACAAUUUUACUUGGAUUUCGAAGAGUGCAACGGAAUGGAAACGGAGACGAAAGCCAGCAGCGAGGAGCAGGCCAAAUCGGCGACGCCCGUGGCCAUGGAUACCCUUGAUCCACCGCCGCCUAGCAGCUCGAAGACCCUUAAACGCUGCCUCAGUGUGCCAAUUAUCCGCACACCCUCCGGGCGACCCUCGCCGCAUGCACCCAUGACCACACGCGCAGCCGCAGCUGCUGCCGCCGCGGCCAAGGAGCAUGAGCAGACGCCAAAGAAGAACCCACCGCAGCACCAGCAGCAGGAGCACUACGCUUCCAAAUGCAACUCGACCAUCGAUUACUUUGGCAAGAGCAUGCACAUCCGAUCGCAGCCCAAUUCCCGCGAAGUGUCGCCGGCGCCGGUGUUCAACAUAUUUGCACCACGGGCCCGCCGCUACUCGGCCAGCUACAGUCCGAUGUCCACCGCCAACGGGGGCGCCAAUGGGGCCGCGCUGUGUCUGACGCCGCGCGUCUCCCAGUUGAGGCAGGAGGAGUGCGCCGAUCUGAACAGCCGCGAGGUGAAUCACGAGCGGGAGGUGCACCGCGAGAUACAGAUCUCCCAGAGCUGGGAGGACCUAACGCUGGUGGCCGAGAACUGGUCGUUCAAGUCCGACGAGCUCUCCAAUCCGCUGCAGGUCACACUGCCACCGACGGGCAGCACCAGCUGCUCCAGUCCCAGUCCCACCAGCAAUCGGGCGGGCAUGCGUCUGCCCUACUCGCCGUCGCCUACGCGGCGCACCUUUGCCACCAGGCGCUCCAUGUCGCCGAUUGCCAUGCGCCCCUCUCAGUUGGGGCCGGUGAAGCGCAAGUUCGAGCUGGACGACAAUCCCGGGGCCAGCAACUGGAGUGUCUACUCGCCGUCGCCCAUGAAGAAGAUGUUCACAGAGAGUCGCGGCUCUUCGCCCGUGUGCCAAUCCCCCUCCUCUGUCUGUCCCAGCCCCGACUCGGGCACAUACGAUGGACGCAUCACACCCAAGCUGUUCAUCUCCAAGCUGUGCACAAACAAUGCCGUCGGAGGUGGUGGCCAGAACAACAACAGCAGCAGCUCCGGCUGUCCCUCGCCCAGCUCCGCUUCUCCCGGAGCUGGUGGUAGUAGUGGACCUGGUAUGGAUGCCAGCUCCUCAUCGGAGCCCAUGUGUCUGACCCUGUCUGGGAGCAGUCAGAGCCAGAGCAUCGACGAGGGCAUCUCCAUACCGGAGAGUGAGCUCAAUUCUUGCCGCAGUCGCACCUCCUCCAUCCUCUCCACGGCGUCGUCGAGCACCCAAGUGCUGGUCAACGAUCUGGCCGACGAUGCCACCCUAAUGGACGAUGCCAAGAGCGAGACGUCAUCGAUCGGGGGCUGUUCCACGAUCAGCAUAGAGUCCUCCUCAUGCGACAGCGGAGCCAAGACGGCGGCCACCUUCCUCAAUCGUCUGGUGGUGGACGAUGGCAACUCGCCGCUGGCCCUUAAGAGUUUCUACAUCAACAAGCAGGGCCUCUUGGGAGCCAAGAAGUACAUUGUUAACCAUCACGAGGGUGGUGGUGGCGGUGGCGGCGCUGGUGGUGCAGCCAGCAAGGAUGUGCAGCAAAAGCUUUAAGCAAUCAAUUGGAGGAUUGUCCCACAUGUACAUUAAGAUAAUUAAAUAAUUUUUAUUAUAAAGC